AUGCAAGCUUUGCCGCUGGGCGGCAAUUCCUGGAGCUUCUACGCGCAGCUAAUCAAGCGCUGCGGAGCAUCGGAAGAUUGCGCCGCUGGAAGAGCGGCUCACAGAGAGCUCCAGCGCCUCGGCAUCGAUCAAGACACAUAUCUAGGUAAUCUCCUCGUCCAGAUGUAUGGAAAAUGCGGGUAUGUGGAAGAGGCCAUGGCGGUGUUCCAGAGAAUAAAGGACAGGAACGUCUUCUCGUGGACGAUCCUCAUGGACGCGUGCACAGAGAAUGGAUUGAGCGAGCUCACGCUGGAGCUGUUUAGAAGAAUGCUGCUAGAAGGCAUCCGUCCGGAUAGAGUGGCGUAUCUGGGCGUUCUGAAGGCUUGUUCCGAGCUGAGAUAUCUGGAAGAAGGCCGAGAAGUGGAGAACCUUUUGCUGUGGCAGCUUGGAAAAUGCGAGAAGGGUGUUCGAGAGUUUCCAUGAGAAAGAUUUGGUUUGCUG